UUCCUCUCACCGUCAUCGAUCUCACUCCCUCACCUCCGUCCAUCUCCCGCCGCCGUCGCCGAAACAAGCUUUGAAGCCACCGUCGUUAUCGUGCAGCUCUGUUCCACCAUCGUGCAGUUACUGUUUCAGCUUUGCAAGCACCGUCACGCAGCUCUGUUCCAUUGUCGCCGGUGCUAUCUCUGUUCCACCUGUCAUCCCUUCGGUCGUGCCCUUGACCCCCUCUUGCUCAGGAUCUUCUUUGCUCUGUUCUAGGGCUUCUAGCUUCUAGGGUUUUUUCGGUUGAAUUACGGUUGGACCGGUUGGACCAAUAAACCAGUGAACCAGUGACUAAAAUGGUUCGAUGACCGGUUCAGUUCUCAGAACCUUGGUUUUACCAUCUCUCCGGUGACUGGUUUUUAUUAUUAUUGUUAUUAUUAAUUGAUGAUUGCAUCAAUAAUGAGGCGCUCCUUAUCAAAAUUCCCUGGUUGGCGUUUCGGCUUCGGACAAUCCAAGUCCUUAUUGCAGGUGAAUUGUGAGGCGGGGUCUCGUUGUGCUAGCAGUACCAAUGGUCAAGUCAAUUUCAGUGGCAACUUGAAUGAAUAUUCCACAAGAACUUAUGAAACAUCGUGCGCUACAUCGCUUGACAAUCAGCCAAAGGAUAACUCUGUUUCUGAUAUGCUAGUAGAUUCAUUUGGACGGUUGCACACUUACUUGAGAAUAUCGUUAACAGAACGGUGCAAUUUACGGUGUCAGUAUUGUAUGCCAGCAGACGGCGUGGAGCUAACUCCUAACGCUCAGCUUUUGACAAAUGCUGAGAUUUUGCGACUGGCAAAUCUCUUUGUAAGUUCCGGGGUAAAUAAAAUACGGUUGACUGGUGGGGAGCCAACUGUAAGGAAGGAUAUUGAAGAUAUAUGCAUGGGGUUGUCAAAAUUGAAGGGACUGGAGACAUUGACCAUGACUACAAAUGGUAUAACCCUAGCAAGAAAACUUCCAAGGCUGAAAGAAUGUGGCCUUACUUCUGUGAACAUUAGUUUGGACACAUUGGUACCUGCAAAGUUUGAGUUUAUGACAAGACGGAAAGGGCAUGAAAAAGUAAUGAAUUCAAUUAAUGCUGCUGUGAACCUUGGUUAUAAUCCUGUUAAGGUCAAUUGUGUUGUAAUGCGUGGAUUUAAUGAUGAUGAAAUAUGUGACUUCGUUGAUCUGACAAGAGAAAAGCCUAUUAAUGUUCGUUUUAUAGAAUUCAUGCCAUUUGAUGGAAAUGUUUGGAAUGUCAAGAAGCUUGUACCCUACUCAGAAAUGAUGGAUAGAGUGGUAAGGUAUUUUUUUUUUUUUUUUUUACUUCAGGAUCACCCAACAGAUACAGCCAAGAAUUUCGCAAUAGAUGGACAUCAAGGUAGAGUUUCAUUUAUCACAUCAAUGACGGAGCAUUUUUGUGCUGGUUGCAAUAGAUUGCGAAUACUAGCAGAUGGAAACUUCAAAGUGUGUCUAUUUGGUCCUUCAGAGGUUAGCUUAAGGGAUCCCUUGCGACAUGGUGCAGAGGAUGAUGAGCUUAGGGAGAUAAUAGCAGCAGCGGUGAAGAGGAAGAAAGCUUCGCAUGCUGGAAUGUUUGACCUUGCAAAGACAGCAAAUAGGCCUAUGAUACAUAUUGGCGGAUGAAGUCUUAUCAUCUUCUCUUCCCCACUUCCUUAACUCCAUAAAGUUAAGGUUUGCUUGGUGAUAAUGUUAUCUUUUUUUAGGAAUUUGCAAGAGAAAAAGUAUAUCAUGAAAAUGAACACAAUAUUCACUCUUUUUUUUUACAAAAUUAUGAAAAUAGAAAACAUUGAAUGAAAGAAGAAACUAAAUAUGCCCUUAGGUGUUCAUUCUCUUAGGUGUGUUUGUGAGAUGGGGUUUUAAAGGGAAAGUGGUGAAAGGAAGAGUUUGAAGAGUAAUUAUAAGUCGAUUUGUCUAUUCAAAUCUUUCUUUCCCUUCCUCUCCUUGUAAAGCUUCAACCGCAUUAUUAGAGCUGUAGUUAAUCGAAGUACCUCAUUGUGUUUGUGUCUAAGUUUAGGUGUCGUGUGUCUUCCAAAAUUUGCUUAUAUUCAAGGAAAACCAUGGCUGCCCCUGCUAGAAGAAGGUCCUGAUCGUUCUCCUUAUGGAGUGAUACAGUUUUGUCUAUUUACUUUAGUAUAUAUUUGGUCAAAUGUUUUUCGGCCUACAUUUUCAGAUCAUGUGUUGAUUAUCAAGAUAAUUAUGUGUUGUUUAUAAAAUUGAGGUUAUUUAUUUGUUGUUUGUAUAAGCCAGAUUUGAGGGUCAAUAAUCGACACAUUAUUCUAUGCAGCUAGGUGGGUUGUAACAAACCAAAUCUACAGUGUCAGAUAAUGCACAGUGCACUAUAACAGUUGAGGCAUUGUGAAUUUGUGACUAGAAAAUGAACUGCCUUUGUAAGUGGGGAACUUUUUGGGAUAAAAUUAUUCUAAAACGGGAUGGACAAUUCGUGUAAA